AUGGACGACUGGCAGGAAGCCGCCUUCACGACGAGACACGUCCACAACCGUGCCAGCAAAUCGAAAGCAGGCGGUGGACGUGGGCGACGCGGUGGGGCAUUCGAGGUCAAAAAGACAUUUGGCAGAUACGACAUCAAAUGCCCAAAUGCAAGCAAAAGGAGCACAAAUUAUUGUCUGGCAAAUGGGGAAAAUGUCGCUUCGCCGACAUUAGACAUCUUUCGUCUGUCCGACGAUGGCAGGGGUUUGUUGGGAGAUCUGAUGCUGCCUGGGACUCUCGAGGCCAGGGUUGUCAUGACGGGUAGCAGGAAAACACUCGAAAUUUUGGUUUCACAGCUCGAGGACGAAGAAUCAGAAGAGAACCCUGAAGAAAUUGCCAACGACAAGGUGUCGCAGGACAAAGAACAGGACAUAACCGUUCACAACAGCGCCAGCCUAGAUGAUGAUUUUGUGGCAUCAAACGAUGAAGAUGAGGCAGAUGAGUCAGAAGACCAAGAAGAUCAAGACAAAGAACGCAUCCGGUUCCAAAAUUUCGAAAAGAACAGUUUUCGCUCACCCAAGUUUUGGUUCCAGUGGAAGGGACAGGUAGCGACUCCAUCGACGCCACAUAACCAAACAUCCGCAACCGCCAGUCCCGAGACUGGAAGGGGCUAUAUUGUCUUCUCGGGCAAUGAUUGCCGUUCGUUCAAGGGAACUAUCAGCUGCGACGCAUUGGGCUGGAAGAACGUCUCUCUGUCUGGGUGGAAAGGGGUUUCCAUGAGCGAAAGAGAUGCUCCUUUUGCCUGGAGCUAG